AUGUGGGAGUUUUUGUUUCUUCAUAAAACAGCCGGGGUAGCCAUGGUCCCUUACCCAAACUCUCCCAAGUCCCCUUAUUUCCAUGACUGUCUGAAUUGGUUACUGGAUAAUCAGCUCGAUGAUGAUAAACAAUCGAUUCUUGUUGCAGGUUUACAUUAUAUUGAGUCAAAUUUUGCUUUGGUCACUAAGAAAAAUGAAGCAUCUCCAUCUGGUUUUGACAUCAUAUUCCCUGCCGACCCGACGGCUCAUGGAGGUGGCGGCAGCAAGGAAUCCAAGACAUCAACCGCACACAGUGGUACAUGGUGGCAGUUGACUGAACUUGCAACGGCAGCAGCGCUGGCAGUCAUGACUCAUGACGAUUGGCAGCAGCUUUACGGGAGAAUAGCUACACGACGGCUACAGCAACGACGAACCCCACAGCCGCAAAUGCGACCGACUUCUCUCACGACCACAGUGUCGGUCUCCUUCUUCUUCUACCACCACGGAAGCGACGACAUUCGAUGGCAGCGAUAA